UUGGGCCCGCCCACUCCCGACCGCGCCCUGCUGGUGACGUCAGCGCCACGCCUGUCCUCCCCGCCCGUCGGUCGGGCCCUGGGUGUUCGCUGCGCAGUUCCACUGACCGUCGCCGGCCGCCACUGCCGCCAAAAUGUCGUCAGGUAUGCCUGCGGGUUCAAGUGCUGCCAGUGGCAGUAAUCGAAGACUUCAGCAGACACAAAAUCAAGUCGAUGAGGUGGUUGACAUCAUGAGAGUCAAUGUGGAUAAGGUGUUAGAAAGAGACCAGAAGCUCUCUGAGUUAGAUGACCGUGCAGAUGCACUGCAGGCGGGUGCUUCUCAGUUUGAAACAAGUGCUGCCAAGUUGAAGAGAAAAUAUUGGUGGAAGAACCUGAAGAUGUGGGCGAUAGGGAUCAGCGUCCUGGUGAUUGUCAUCAUUAUCAUCAUUGUGUGGUGUGUCUCUUAAUGAAGAACCAGUGAAGCUGGAGCCUGCUGUCCAGGAAACUUGUCAAGACUUUUGACUUAGAACCUCCUACAUUAUCAAGCUUACCUACUGUUAGUUCCAAAUGAUUAUUUUGUUAGUUCAUAUACAGUCAGUCAGUGUCUAGGAAAUGUGCCUUUGUUUUUUAAUAUGCACUCCAGACUAGAGGUGUGGCCAACCCCGCCCCCAAGUUGCACAGUGCCUUUACAGAUUACAAAUGAACUGGUCAGGAGGACUUCUCAUGCUCCAGACUGCAGAACCUAGGCACGUGCUGUCCCUGCUCACUUGCCAUCGAUUCCAGGAAGGGGGUUUUGUUCCUCAUCAUCUGACAUUCUCUUCAGAACCACAUUGUAAGCCUUUGAAUAAUUAGAUGUACAUUUUGUACCUUCCAGAAAGAAUACUACUGCCUAACAUGAAUCUGUGACAAUAACAGGGUGUGCCUUAUUUUGAUACUCCCUUGUUUUAAGAGAACCCUCCUUUUUGUAAAGCACUACUGACUCUUGCUGUAUUUAAGAUGCUGUUAAAGAGCUUUUCUUCUUACAUUAGAUAUGAAGAUGUUUGCUUUCUUGUUCUUAUGUAUCAGUUGCUAAAAUGGUAUUUUAAUCAGACAUAACCCCUUUAAAAAGUUUUUAUAGAACUAUGACCAAAGUUUGUUUUGCCAAAAAGUUAAAUAUAAAUAAAAUAUUAUUAAGUCUGUCCCUGAUAGAUUAAAUUCAAGUAAGUGCCAAAUGUAACUCAAGAUGCCCUUCAAGAAAGUGUUAAUGCCAUGUGAGCCUUCACCAUCUUGAUAGUCCUUCCUUGCCUGUGAAGUGCUAUAGAUAAUGCAACCCCCUCAGGUUUGGAAUCUUUCCCCGGGGCUUGGAGAUGUGAGCUAAACUCAUACCUGUAGAUGAGACGGAAUUUACCCAGCAGUUUGCCAACAUAAGCUGUGGACUCCAGAGUGAGCAGCAGCUCUGUAGGCCUCAUGUAAGACCAUCUGUGAACAUGAUCAUUACCUGGCCUAGUCCUUGUAGACCAGAGCUUUCUGAAGACCGCUUACCGUUUUCACUCACAUUCCACUUCUGAAUCAGCUUUCUAAAUUAUGCUUGGGGUGAGGCAUUGGUCACUUUGGAGAGGAAAGCUGCCCAGAGAUGCCCCCUGCUCUUUGGAAGUUGCUAUCAUCAUGAGAGACUUCAGUUGUGCACAUACUUGUAUCAGGGUGUGUGGUUCAAAGGUGAGGAGUUCAGCAUAAAUGAAAACGGACAAGGAAACAGCAGAGAAUUGCAAAGGCUUUGCUGCUCUGUGGCCAGUUUUACUAGAAUGCCCUAAAAUUUGUGUUUGCAUGCAACGUGGCAGCAGUCAAGAUGUCAUAAAACCUGACUCAUUUAAUACCUGCUCCCCUGACAUCACUGAAACAGCCGAAUGCUGAAGGCAUGCCUUGCGGUAUGCCCGGCUGUGGGAAAGCAGCCAUCGGCCCAGGGCUCUGUCUUGGGCUGAUUCCAUAACCUCGGUGCUGUCUCCUUCGUACUCAGUCCUAUGUAACCCACUGGCUCCUGCAUUAACCCAAGAAUACCUCGCUUGUCUGUUUAUUUAGCUGGGAACUUCCCUGCUAUGAUUACCUGAAUAAAGUGUUUAUUAACGUAA